UCGUUUGUUGCUUAAUCCAAAAAUGGUUUGUUUUUUAUGAAUCGAAGUGUUAACUGUGGUAAUUUAUUGAAGACCGAAUGAUCAGUUGGUAUUGAAGCUAUUGGCUUUUCUUCACAUUCAAUAAGACCUAAUUUUAUAACUCGUUCUCAUAAUUUUUUAAAGAAAAUGGGUAAAUUCUCUGUAUAACGUUGGGCGAAAAGUGUGGGGAUAUAGUUUAGUUGAUACUUGGUAUCUGAGUGUUUCAAUUUUAACCUUAAUUUUGUUUGAUUCUGAAGAGCGGCGGAGGGUUUCGGUUUAAAACAGUAAAGGGAUCGAGGAAAGGAUUUAUGGCAGAUCAAGUGUUGGAGGGUAGCCAACCAGUUGAUCUCUCCAAGCACCCAUCUGGAAUCGUUCCUACUCUUCAGAACAUUGUGUCUACUGUCAAUCUUGAUUGCAAGCUAGACCUCAAGGCAAUUGCGUUGCAAGCUCGCAAUGCAGAAUAUAAUCCGAAGCGUUUUGCUGCUGUAAUCAUGAGGAUAAGAGAACCAAAAACGACGGCCUUAAUCUUUGCUUCUGGGAAAAUGGUAUGUACAGGAGCCAAGAGCGAACAGCAAUCGAAAUUGGCGGCACGGAAGUAUGCCCGGAUUAUUCAGAAACUUGGGUUCCCAGCCAAAUUUAAGGAUUUCAAAAUUCAGAACAUUGUGGGCUCAUGUGAUGUAAAAUUUCCCAUUAGACUUGAAGGCCUCGCAUACUCUCACGGUGCCUUUUCAAGUUAUGAACCAGAACUGUUCCCUGGACUUAUAUAUCGGAUGAAACAGCCAAAAAUCGUUCUGCUUAUUUUUGUUUCUGGGAAAAUUGUUCUUACAGGCGCCAAGGUUAGAGAAGAAACUUAUACUGCAUUUGAGAACAUAUAUCCGGUCCUUACUGAAUUUAGAAAGAAUCAGCAGUGCAAGCAUAUGGCUACACAUUCUCGUAAAGAGGAGUUUCUGUUCCUAUUUCUAUUUGCAAUCGCAAAUACAAGUAGGUCGUUUGUGUUUUCAACACGAAAAACAAUGGGGCAGGUUUUCGGCUUUCCUCAAUCCCCGAUGGGCAUAAUCAAAUGAGAAUUUGAAGAUCGUUGAAAUGGUGAUUUAUGAGGGAUGAAGUUAACUUAAAAGGUUUGUUGGCAUGGCAUGGGAGUUGGUUGUUAAGGGGCAAAUGUAAAUAUGGUUAGUAGUGGAAAUAGAAGGGAAGAACUGAAGGCAAAUGCACACCCACUUUUCCUUCUUCUUCUUUUUUCCUUGCAAUGACAUCACAUGAAAGGCCAUAUGAUUGGAAGGAACAUCUUUUUGAUUGCUGUUUGUUGGAUAUCAAACAGUUAAUAAGACUAUUUUAUAGUUCGUUUUGGAUAUUAUUCUUUAUAUCAAGGGAAUUAUCAAAAAUGAUAUAACGAUAUAAUAACCUUGGUGAGAU